UAGACAAGGCAAUGAGGCUUCUAAAUUUCUUAAUACAUUCUUAAUUAGUUUAGAUCUUUUUUUUGGAAGCAUAUAUGCCUUUUCCUUUCUUCUUUCUGAGAGCAUUGAAGAUUGAUGAAAGAUUAGAGAAUUUGUGGUCAUAGAAUAAAGAGAUCCAACCAUCUAUCUAUCCAUCCAUUCAUCAAUCUUCAACCCACCAAUCUGAAUAUCCUCUGCCGCUAUGUGAAUCUUACUAUUCUAGGGUUUUUCACCUUCUUUGAUUCUUUCCCGUUAUACCGUUUUGAUAACAUAUACCUCCUCCUUCUGUCCCUUCUCUCUCUCUCUAUAUAUAUAUAUAGGAAACACCUUCAUGAAUUUAUUUUUUAACCAUAGGACUUUAGACUGAAUUUCGGUGUGCUUUUUCAUGUUUUUAAUCAUCCCUAGCGUCCAUUCUGUAAGGAUUUCUAGUUUCUUUGGAGUUUUGUUGAUUGUUGUAAAAUUUUCUUGAGCUCAAAACACAAGAUUUCUGGGAUUUGAUUUUCUAUGAAUAUGUGAACUAGGAGGACAUGGCGAGAGGAAAGGUUCAGCUGAAAAGGAUAGAGAAUGCAACUAGCAGGCAAGUGACCUUCUCCAAGAGAAAAAAUGGGUUAUUGAAGAAAGCUUAUGAGCUAUCAAUUCUGUGCGAUGCUGAAGUUGCAGUGAUCAUGUUUUCACAGAAAGGAACACUCUUUAAGUUUGCAAGCAUUGAUCAGAUACAAAAGACGAUUGAUCGGUACCGUAAAAAUGCAAAGCAAUUGCACACUGACAGGAUUGAUGUGGAACAAUCUAAGGAGCAAUUAAGACAAGAAUCAGCAAACAUGGCCAAGAAGAUUGAGAUGAUCGAGAUUUUGCAACGAAAGCUUUUAGGGCAAGAUUUAGAUUCAUGUUCUCCCGAAGAGCUCCAUGACAUUGACAAUCAGCUUGAGAUCAGUUUAAGCAAUAUCAGGGCUAGAAAGACUCAGUUAUUCAAGGAGCAGAUAGAACAGCUGCAAGCAAAGGAAAGAUUGUUGUUAAUGGAGAAUGCAAGGUUAACUAAACAGUGUGAUGCACAGCCAUUGCAGCAAUCAACUCAAUCGAACCAAGUGGUGUCAUACUUGACCUCAUGUAGCAAGAGUUCAGAUAUCGUGGAGACUGAUCUGUACAUUGGACUGCCACACAUGCGCUGCUUGUAGUUUUUCUCAUGCUUUUACAGAUUUAUAUUUAAAUAUGAUUGAUUUUCAUGUUGGAAUGCUAUUGUUGCCAACAUCAAACAAUUGUUCUUCUCUGUAAUUUAAUGUAUGGUAUGCAAUAAGCUAAGGGAGACGUAUAUAAUGCAAUAAAAUAACGACGAUAUAUUGUCCUCAUA